AAGAAUUCCUAGUAACGGCAACGAUAGUUUGCUGCGCAUGAGUACUAAAGACCGGAUGUUGAAAAAUUCCUCAGUAGUACUUUAUUGUUCAAAAUUAAAUGUCCAGACUCUAGCUGCUAGACUACUCAGAGUAGAAAAAGAUCAAAAUGGAUUAUGACGAAGAUGACGACUAUUCAGGAUUCAAUGAUUACAAUGCAAUGUUGGACACAGAUGAGCUUGUUCAAGAUGAAAAUUUCCAGAAAGCUGUUUUAAGGACGAGUCAUGGACGACGCCCAGUGACACAGGCUAAAGUAGGUUUCACUGCCGCCUCAGGUAGAUUGGCAACUGCUGCCAAAGGACGUCUUGCCAUGCCCUCAUCCAUGGGUCGAACAGGUGGUAUGGCAGUGCAGGAUGGACAGGCAAGACCAAUGACUGCUGUCAGAGCAGCUGGCUUUACUUCUGCUGGAAACAGAGCUGGGGUUGGCUUUGAUCCAUUCAAUCAAGCUGGUCGAGGUCCUGCACCUCCUCUGGAACCAAAAGCAGAAGACAGUCCUGAAGAAAAAAUUCGACAGCUAGAAAAAAAAGUCAAUGAACUUAUUGAAGAGAGUUGUCUAGCCAACAGUAGAGCUGAAUUUCAACUGGCGCUGGACAAAGCUAAGGAAGCUGGUAGGAAGGAAAGAGUUUUGGUGAGACAAAGAGAACAGCUGACCAAAGGAGACCAGAUCAACCUGGACUUGACUUAUUCUGUUCUCUUCAACUUAGCCAAUCAGUAUGUGGCUAAUGAGAUGUACCAUGAAGCCAUCAACACAUACCAAGUCAUUGUAAAAAAUAGAAUGUUCAGCAACGCAGGUCGUUUAAAAGUAAACAUGGGAAACAUUUAUUUUAAACAAAGAAAUUUCCCCAAGGCUGUCAAGUUUUACAGGAUGGCCCUAGAUCAGGUGCCCAACACACACAAGGAGAUGAGAACCAAAAUAAUGCAGAAUAUUGGUAUAACCUUUGUGAAGAUGGGUCAGUACAGUGAUGCCAUCACAUCCUUUGAGCACAUCAUGUCAGAGUCUCCCAGCUUUAAGACUGGAUUUAAUCUCAUCUUGUGUUACUUCGCCCUGGGGGACAGAGAAAAGAUGAGGGAUGGUUUCGCCAAGCUGUUGACUGUAGACUUGAAGAUAGAUGAUGAGGACAAAUACCUGUCGCAUGGUGAAGACAAACAAUACAACCUUGUCCUGGAGGUGAUAAAGAAUGAUUCACUCAGGCAGAUUGAGAGAGAAAGAAAAUAUGAAGCUGAAAGAUGCAUCAAAUAUGCUGCUAAGAUCAUCUCACCUGCAAUAGAAUCCUCUUUCUCUGAUGGCUAUGACUGGUGCAUUGAGAUGGUAAAAAAUUCACAGUACAUUGACCUUGCACAUGACCUUGAGAUUGACAAGGCUAUCAUGUUUCUCAAGCAGAAGAAUUUUCAACAGGCUAUUGAAACUCUUAAAUCUUUUGAGAAAAAAGAUUCAAAAGUGGCCAGUACAGCAGCAACUAAUUUGUCUUUCCUCUAUUUUCUGGAAGCAGACUAUGCACAAGCAGACAAAUAUGCUGAAAUUGCCAUGACAGCAGACAGAUACAACCCUGCAGCUCUGGUUAACAAAGGAAAUGUGCUAUAUGCCAAACAUGAUUAUGAAAAAGCUCGAGAGUUUUUUAAAGAAGCACUGACCAAUGACUCAUCUUGUAUAGAGGCUUUGUACAAUCUAGGUUUGUGCAAUAAACGCCUGAGUCGGCUGGAAGAAGGCAUUGAUUGCUUCUACAAACUCCAUGCUAUACUGAGAAACAGUCCACAAGUCAUGUAUCAAAUAGCUGACACAUAUGAACAGCUAGAAGACACUGCUCAAGCUACAGAAUGGUUCAUGCAACUGAUUGGUGUGGUCAGCUCUGAUCCUAGUGUUCUAGCAAGAAUGGGAGAACUGCAUGAUAAUGAGGGAGACAAGUCAUUGGCUUUUCAGUACUAUUUUGAUUCCUACCGCCAUUUUCCUUCCAACAUCCCUGUGAUUGAAUGGCUUGGUGCCUACUACAUUGACUCUCAGUUCUGUGAGAAAGCUAUACAUUACUUUGAGAGAGCAUCUCUUGUACAACCCAACCAAGUGAAAUGGCACCUGAUGAUUGCCAGCUGCUAUCGUCGCAGUGGCAACUACCAAAAAGCACUGGAGACAUACAAGCAAAUCCACAGAAAGUUUCCAGAUAAUGUAGAAUGUUUGAAGUUUUUAGUGCGGCUGUGUACAGACCUUGGAAUGAAUGAGGCACAAGAAUUCGCCACCAAAUUAAAAAAGGCUGAGAAAAAUAAAGAACUCAGGGAACAAAGAACAACCAGUGCUGGUAGGCGAGGAAGUGGGCGGGCCAGGAGAGAGAGCAGUGCAGGAAGUGAUGGAUUUAAAGGAGAAAUGAGCCGGAGAAAAGAUUUAGACAGAGAAGGUAGUGCGGGACAGCAAAGCCGGGGAUCAAAGAAACAGAGAAUGAGACCAAAGCUGGAUGAUAAUGACAGGAGCCCAUACACAAGUCAGCCACAGGAAAUAGAUACAACUUACUCUGACCCACUUGGUCCUCAAGCAGAAAGACCAAAGACUGCAGCUCGUAGAAAGGGGCCUCAUGAGGAUGAUUUUGGUGAUGAGAAAUUGGGUGAAGACCUGCUACCUGAAUAAAGUUGAUACCUGUGCACAUGCUGGAGACUUAAUUAAGUGAUGUUUUUUACUUUUUAGCCCAAAGGCAGGCUUCUUGAAAAGUUGUCUUAUUUAACU